AUGUCUGUUUAUGAAGAAAAUAAUAUUCUUGAUUUUGAAUUGGAAGAUAUUUUAUUUGAAAUUGAGAAAACAGAAGAAUUAAAUAACUCUAUUAUUUUUAAAAACUUUGUUGAGGGUGCUGAGGAUGUAGAAGAUAUAAUAUCUGAAAACCCAGAAAGUGAUGACGAAAUGGAUCCAGUUUACGAUGAAUUCCAAAUGGAAUUAAAUGAUGAUAUUGAAGAAGAAACUGAAUUAUUAAUUGGUAAGAUUGGUAAGAAAAAUACUGAUAUUUUACCUAUUUGUUCAAUAAUGAGUUUUGAUUCAGAAAAAAACUCAAGCAUAGCUUGUACUAACAAGAGUUAUCGAAGUUUAAAAAAUUGUGUUGGAGUGUGGGAGGUAAACUCCAAGAUUAUUAAUGAAGCAGAUGGAAGACCAGAAAUUCUUGGCGUGUGUGAAACACAUUUUCACAUAGAUCAAAAUUCUAAAAUGCAUUCACCAGGUAUCAAGCAGCUCAAGCCUAUUGAUUUAGCAGUAAUUAUUUGUAAAAGGUGCUUAUUUUGCUAUAAGGAUUUCAAAGUUUAUUCAAGAGGUAAGAGUUGUCAUGAACAUGCUUGGAAAAUAAUAGGUAAAAAUAUAUUAACAUCUUGUGUAUGUCAAUAUAAAUGUCCUUCACUUACUAAUGAUGUUUCGUUGAGUGAGAAAAUUGGAAUUGUUAAUCUUUCUUCUAGACCUCGUUAUAUUUGCCAAGAAUGUUACCAGAAAAAUGGUGGUCAUGUGUAUGUUCCACCGGGAAAAGGAAAUAAAGUAUCAACUUGCCAAGAAUUGAAUCAACAUCAAGAUGAUUCAGAAGAAGCUUUAAAAAAAAUAGGCAACUGGAUCAUUGAUGUUGCAAAUUCAGGUGAUUCUACUGCAAAAAAAUGUCUUUUAUCAAAUUUAACGAAUUCUUUAACAGCUUAUUGGAAAAACAAUCACAAAGAUUCAUCUGAGGAAACAGUAAAUUUACCAAGUAAAUUCUUAAUCAAUACAAUUUUAAAAUUUGAAGGUGCAGAUAAGUUAAAAGAAAAACAAAAUUACAAAUUAAAUCCAGAUGAUUCCUUCAAUUAUGGUGAAACUUUAGGUAAUUUUUUAUUAAAAAAUAAAUACAUUAUUAAAGAAAACAAAGAAAUGCUUACUAACCCAAAAUCUUUGACUGAGUAUUAUGAAGCAUUUCCUAAAGUAAUUACUAAGUUUUUUGACGGAUUUAUUAGUGUGUUAUUAAACUAUCAUUUUGAUAUUGCUCAAAAACGAAGGAAUUGUCCUUCUAUGAGAAUAAGAUCAAUAAAAAAUAAGAAACAAAAUCCAACACAUUUAGUUCAAAUCACUACUUUUCUAACAUCUAUUGUUUCAACUAUAGCUUUUAGGAGAACAAAAUUUUGGCUCACUAGUACAUUAGCAAGUCUAUGUAGAAGAAGACAAUUAUUGGGAGAUCUCCAGUCAAUGCUACAUGCAGUUUAUAUAACGGCUCAUAAAGAAGCUCAAGAACGUCGUUUGGAAUUAAAGAGAAUGCAACAAGCUGAUCCUAGAACUCAACUAAUCACCAAUGAGAAAGUUUGGAAUCUUGGUGUCAUAGAUAAUAUAGAUUUUAAGCAAGAUACUUUUAAAUAUG